GCAGGGAACGAGCUCCAUCCCAGACAGUCCCGGAUCGGGGCGUUCGUCACUGGCGCCGCUCCGCCCAAUGCGGGGCGAGCUUGUACCGGGGCCGGCGGGCGGCUCCUUCCCGGCCCGGGGGUAGGAGCUGGGAAGGAGCGGUGUCCCGGAGCGGUGUCCUGGAGCGGCUGCCUCGCACCGCCGAUCGCAGCCCGGCGCAGAGUCCCAUUCCCGGCCGCGGGGCCGAGGCUGAGGCGGGGCUCGCUCCCGCCGCCGUGGGGCCGCGGAGGCGCCGCCGAUGCCGCUGCCGGCCGGGUCCCUGCGGCGGGCGGUGGCCGUGCUCUCGUUGUCCGUGCUGCUGUCGGCCCGGAGCGCUGCCCAGCGCCGCCCGGCACACAGUAACUCAUCUGCAAACUGUUGGUCCCAUCUUCAUCCUGUGAACAUGUUCAACAGUUACAAUGUUAAGUUCUACCACAGCAAAGCUCUCACCUCCCCGUAUCCAGGAUCACAUGUUGAGCGUAGCCAAGUUCCUGAGGAUAAAGUGGGCUGGUUGACGGAAUGGAAAGAUUAUAAUCCUGUGGAGUACACUGCAAAGUCUGUUUUGUCUGGACCCAGUUGGGCAGAUCCCCAAAUCAAUGAUGAAGGUUUUUCUCCCAAAUUCAAUGAGAGAGAUGGAGAAGUGGAGAGGAAGAGUCUGAAUGGCUUGUAUGUGGUUGAAAAUGGGAGACCCCGAAAUCCAGCGGGAAGGACUGGCCUCACAGGCAGAGGAUUGUUGGGGCGCUGGGGACCAAACCAUGCUGCUGAUCCCAUCGUAACUAGGUGGAAAAGGGACGGAAGUGGCAAUAAAGUUGCUCAUCCAGUUACUGGCAAAAACAUCUUGCAGUUCGUGGCUAUCAAGAGGAGAGACUGUGGGGAGUGGGCCAUUCCAGGGGGGAUGGUGGACCCAGGGGAGAAGAUCAGCGCUACCCUGAGGCGGGAAUUUGGGGAGGAGGCCUUGAACUCUUUGCAGAAAUCACCCGAGGAGAAAGCAAAAUUGGAGAAGCAGCUCCACAAGCUGUUCAGCCAGGAACACUUUGUGGUGUACCGAGGAUAUGUGGAUGACCCUCGUAACACUGAUAAUGCCUGGAUGGAGACAGAGGCUGUGAACUAUCAUGAUGAAACAGGUGAGACAAUGGAUAAUUUGCCUCUGGAAGCAGGUGAUGAUGCUGGAGUAGUCAAGUGGAUUGACAUCAGUGAGAAGCUUGAGCUGUAUGCAAGUCAUAGCUACUUCAUUAAGCUUGUGACUGAAAAACGGGGAGCCCACUGGAGUGAGGAUCCUGGACCUGAGUGCCAUGAGUGAUGUCAACGAGGAACUGACAGACAUCAAGAGAAGAAUAUGUUUUCCAGCCUUGAAACAGAUGACAUUGUCAUUUUGAGAGGAAAUUCACUGAAAAUUCUGUGAAAUUCAGCUGGAAAAAACAAUCGACAGUGAUAAAUAGAAAGUUUUUCAGAGACUUGAAUUUGCUUCUUUUGAUUUCUUAGCUAGUGUGAAAUGAGAUGAAGGAGGAGAUCUGACCUUGCUUUGCUUCCUUGUCUUCGUUAUUUGCAGCUGUUUCAUCAUAUCUGCAGAUGUGCACAGCCACACUGGGAUUCUGACUGGUGGUGGUUCAGAAGGUGUUCACUUUAGCUCUGUAUUUUUGCACUGAUUCCUUUUCAGGAAUGAAUCCUUAAGGGAUGUGAGACUUGUAGGAUAACCUGGAUAAUGACUUAAUUUAAGUGCUACAUAAUAAAGUGAAGUUUCUUUUUUGAAUCAUUUC